GCAAUAUGAAUCUAAACGAAAUGUUGAGAUGCUGAGAAUCCCUAGCAUGGGAAAAAAGUAGCGUCUUAAGACACAUAGGGGGCAUGAGCGGAUCUUGGAUCUGCCGGAGCAAGCCGAUAUUGGACGGAGAGUAGAUAAUUAAUUACAGGUUUACAUAAGACGCUAAACACAUCAUAAUGCACAUAGUUAAUUAAACAAGGAAGCAGACAUAGUUAAAGAGACAAGUAGGAGAAGAAGGAAUUCAGCAUAUUGAGGCCGAUGGUGGAAGAGAGAGGAGUUGAAUUAGAGGAAGCCAUGGGCAUGGAAGAGAAACUCCAAGAGACUGCUGAUACAUACAAGAAGAAAGGAAGGAAAGGGAAGAAAGGCAGGAUGAAACAGAGUAAAAAGAAAAAGGAUGGCGGGAUUGGAGAGUACAAGCUUGUGAAUUAUGAGGAUUUGCCGGAUUACAUGAAGGAGAAUGAGUUCAUAAGAAAGUAUUAUAGGUCCGAGUGGCCAAUCUCCCAAGCCUUCCUCAGCCUCUUCUCAUGGCAUAACGAAACUCUCAAUGUUUGGACGCAUCUGAUUGGAUUUUUGUUGUUCUUGGGACUAACUCUGAUGCAUUUGAGUGAUAUGCCUCAAGUGGCAGAUCUCAUAGGCCAUCUCCAUGGGUCUUUCUCCUCAAAGGCAGUAGAAAAUGUGUCCUUAAAUCAAGGAACGCUCUUCAGCAUGGCGGCGCCAACCAACAACCACGAUCACCAUCAUCCCGACAUCUUCUCUGUCCAGCACCGGCCAUCAACCAGUGCGGCCCCUCGUUGGCCAUUCCUGGUCUUCCUCUCUGGAUCCAUGCUCUGCCUCAUAACCUCCUCCCUCUGCCACCUCCUCUGCUGCCAUUCCCACCGCCUCAACCUCAUCCUCAGCCGCCUCGACUACGCCGGCAUCGCCGUCAUGAUCGCCACCUCCUUCUUCCCUCCCAUCUCCUACGCCUUCCUCUGCGCGCCACGCUGGCGCUACUUCUACCUCUCUUCCAUCUCCUUCCUCGCAGUUCUCACAGUUAUGUCCCUGCUCACCCCCAAAUUCACUCACGGCUCCUACCGGGCAUUCCGGGCCCUCCUCUUUUCUGCAAUGGGACUCACCGGAAUAGUCCCGGCGGUGCAUAUUACUGUGGUGAAUUGGUCGGAGGCGAGGCGGAUGGAGACGAUGGUGUCGGAGGCGGCAAUGGCGGCUUUCUAUUUGGUUGGGACGGGGUUUUAUGUGAGCAGGGUGCCGGAGAGGUGGCGGCCCGGGAAAUUUGAUAUGGCCGGACAUAGUCAUCAGAUUUUUCAUGUCUUUGUGCUGGCCGGAGCAAUGGCGCAUUAUGUGGCGGCGCUGCUGUUCUUGGAAUGGAGGGAUGCGGUGGGAUGUGGGAGAAGCUCAUAGCUCGAGGUACAACAUGUAUUAGAAGUGGAGCAAAGUGGAGAAGAAGUGGAGCAAAGUGGAGGUGACAGAGCUAAAAAAGAUCC